UAGGAGGGACGUUCAAGUUUGAAAUAAUUCACACUUCCUCGCACUUUUUGCAAAUUCGAGAGCAAUUUCUAGCCGGCUAUAGGAAUACAAACGUCAAUUUUAGGAGGUCUUAACAUCACUACAGCCUAGCUGGUACAACAAGAGAAGACAAUUCAAAAAGGAGAAGGGGGCUGUUCACGAAAGAACCGGGCCAUUCGGCUUUAGAUUGCAUAUAGCCCUGAACAUGCGGAUUACACAGCUUUGUGCUCUUGGAGCGGCGAGCGCCUACUUUUCAACAAUAGUCAGUGCACGCAAUGUGCCGAGUAAUAUCGGGCUGCCAUUGUUGCCGCCACAGAGUAAGGUCGUCAGUCUGUCGACGGAAAGGCGAAGCAUUUCGAACCCGUUGCUACGUGAUCAGUUACGGCGGAGAGCUAAUACCGCCGAGGCAGCUUUGGAUAAUGAGGAAACACUCUAUUUUGUAAAUGCCACGAUAGGUACCCCAGCACAAUCGGUGCGCUUACAUAUCGACACCGGCAGCAGUGACUUGUGGGUGAAUACGCCCCAGUCAUCUCUUUGCACGCAGAGGUCAGAUCCAUGUGCCUUUGCCGGUUCGUAUGUAGCGAACGAAUCGUCUACCUACGAAUACGUAGGGGAUUGGUUCAACAUCUCCUACGUCGACGGAUCAGGGGCUAGUGGCGACUACGUAUCCGACACGAUCAGGAUAGGGAGCUCGACUCUCGACCGGCUGCAAUUUGGCAUCGGCUACGUCAGCUCGUCCUCGCAGGGCAUUCUAGGCAUUGGGUACCCGUCCAACGAAGUGCAGGUGGGGAGGGCCGGUAGAGACCCGUAUGACAACCUGCCCGCGGCCUUGGUAUCCGCGGGCCAGAUAUCGAGAAACGCCUACAGCCUCUGGUUGAAUGAUCUCGAUGCUAGCCGCGGCAGCAUUCUGUUUGGUGGCAUCGACACGGAGCAGUACAUGGGCUCUCUGCACACGCUUCCAAUCCAGGCAAAUGGAGGCGUCUAUUCCGAGUUUCUGAUCACGCUGACGGCCCUUAAGCUCGGAGGGGAGACUAUCGCCGAGAACCAGGCUCUUGCCGUGCUCCUUGAUUCCGGCUCUUCGCUCACGUAUCUCCCAGACGAAUUCGUCGAGACCAUCUACGAACGCGUCAACGCGCAGUACGACGAGGGAGCCGGCGCCGCCUACGUACCUUGUGCGCUAGAGAACAACGCUUCGACGCUUGACUUCACGUUCUCCUCCCCGACGAUCUCAGUGGAGAUGGGAGAGCUCGUCCUCGACCUCGUGACCUCAAGCGGGCGCCGCCCGAGAUUCACCAACGGCGAGGAAGCUUGUCUUUUCGGCAUUGCGCCUGCGGGCGAGGGCACCAAUGUCCUCGGUGACACGUUUCUGCGCUCGGCCUACGUCGUCUACGACAUCGACAACAAUCAGAUCUCGCUGGCGCAGACCAAGUUCAACGCCACCAACUCUAAUGUCCGCGAGAUCCCCGCUGGCACCGACAUCCCCGGCGCUACUGUCGUCUCCAACUCAGUAGCCGCCACGAGCGGCGUCAUCCGCGGCGGGAGUGGAGGCGGCGCAAGCGUCGACAGUGGUGCCGCUGUCCUCACCGCGUCCUUGUCUACCUACGUGCUUGUUCUGUUAUGUCUAGGAUUUACCACAUUUGCUACCCUUCAUUGAUGAUAUUUAUUUCUUUCGCCGGGAAGCGGUCACCAUUCGACUUUUUUGAGCUUGCAUUACUCCGAACUUGUUGGUCGGUGGCACAUGAGAGACUGGGAGGCGCCUUGAUUUAUUCGUUUUGUUUCUGGGGAUAAGCAUUGCAAGGCGUUACGAGACAAAAGGGAAGGGAACGCCAUUUACUACCAUAUACAACGCGAAUAUACCAUUCUUUCUACUACAGUUGAGGAG